UGAUAGGGCUCCCAUCUGUUUUCAGUGUUUUCUUCAGUGUCUCACUCAUCAGCCAUAUCAACAAUCACCACAAUAUUUAUAUUUCUCUCGCAAAUAUUACGUAUUUCUAUAUAUAGUGCCAUUAAAAUCUCGUCCGAUAAUGAAUUUCACGUUGCAUCUGUUUGCAUUAUUGCUUGCCACCUUCCUGCAAGGAAUCGCCGCUCUUCAAAAAGAGUUCACAAUCGUCAUCACGCCGGGUGGAAGGGAUUGCUUCUACGAGAAUGCACAGGCCAGUCAGACGGUUGACAUCGAGUACCAGGUUAUCGAUGGUUCCCACGGGGACUUGGACAUCAGUUUCGAGCUAGCAGAUUCCUCCGGUCGGCUAAUUUUCGCCGACUACAAAAAAUCCGAUAACAUCCACCGGUACAAGCUGACGCACGAUACCGAGCUCACAUUCUGCUUCAGCAACGAGUUCAGCCGGGUCAACAGUAAGACGGUGUUCUUCGAGUUGAUCAUCGAGGGCGAGGAUGAGGAUGGUGGUUGGAGCAACUUUGACAUUUUGGAAGGGCUUAGCCCGGAGGAAUUUUACGACAUGAAGGUGCAGGACGUACAGGAUAUAAUUAAGCGCGUGAGGAACAAUCUGACCAAAGCUCGACAAUUUCAAGAUGUUUUGCGAUCACACGAAGCCCGUGAUCGAAACGUGGCCGAAGAGAACUACUUCAAAGUGAACACAUGGUCAUUCUUUCAAAUCAUCAUAAUGCUGUGCGUCGGUUUUUGUCAAGUGGUAAUGGUCAAAAGUUUGUUCGAUACUGAGUCCAAGGCGCAUAAAAUCUGGACCAAAAUGUAGGUAAAGUUAGAAUGCUUCGUUCCUUUUUCACUUCUAGGCCAGAAGUAUUUUGGAUCUCCAAACAAACAUCAGUCAACUGCUUUCACUUCCUAAUGAUUUCUUAUUUAUAAUCGAGUAGAUCUAGAUAACGAUAUGCGCUCAAAAUCGGAGGAGCAAUCUUAUGAACGCCAAAGCAACAUUAGGGUAAUUGGAUUGAUAAAUAUAUC